AUGGGUUCGUGCGCCUCGGGCGGGCCCCAGGCCCGGGCCGGGCUCCUGCUGCUGCUGCUGCUGCUCGGGCUGCUGGCCCCGGGCGCGCGGGGGGCGCGGGGCCGCGGCGGCGCCGAGAAGAACAGCUACCGCCGCACGGUCAACACCUUCUCGCAGAGCGUCAGCAGCCUGUUCGGCGAGGACAACGUGCGCGCCGCUCAGAAGUUUUUGACCCGGCUGACUGAGAGGUUCGUGCUGGGAGUGGACAUGUUCGUGGAGACCUUGUGGAAAGUCUGGAUGGAGCUCCUGGAUGUCCUUGGACUUGAUGUCUCCAGCCUCUCCCAGUACUUCAGCCCAGCCUCUGUGGCCAACAGCCCUGCGCGAGCCCUGCUGCUGGUGGGCGUCGUCCUCCUGGCCUACUGGUUCUUGUCCCUGACCCUGGGCUUCACCUUCAGCAUCCUGCACCUGGUGUUCGGCCGCUUCUUCUGGGUGGUGCGGGUCCUCCUGUUCUCCAUGUCCUGCGUGUACAUCCUGCACAAGUACGAGGGCGAGCCCGAGAGCGCCGUGCUGCCGCUCUGCCUUGUGGUGGCCGUGUACUUCAUGACCGGGCCCAUGGGCUUCUACUGGCGCAGCAGCCCGGGCCCCAGUGUGGAGGAGAAGCUCGAGCACCUGGAGAACCAGGUCAGACUGCUCAACAUCCGCCUCAACAGGGUGCUGGAGAGCCUGGACCGCUCCAAGGACAAGUGAAGGUCAGCCGGCCGGCUGGGUCCGCCGGCCAGAAGACAGAAGAGGAGGAGAAGAGCAGCAGCAGCAGCCCCCAAGCAGUCUCAAUAAACACCGUGCGCGCAGGAGCCGCUUGGUGAGGUGUCUCUAACCGCGUGUCAACCUAGGACCCGGUCCAAGAAGGAUGCGAGACCACUUACGUAGACUACACGCCAUGUGUCAUUAGUAGAGAAAAUAUUUUUUAAACAAAGGAUAUAACCCUAUUAGCUGUACAGUAAGAGAAAUUUAUCUGUGCAUAGAACAUAAAGUUAAUUUUUUCAAGCAUUUAAAUACAUCUUUUGUAAGGUUUUUAAA